AUGCGUUGUGUGUUUCGCGGCAUUCUUAUAGGCUUUUUAGUUUUCGUUACAAUCAUCUAUUUUGUCAUACGAGCUCUUCAUAAUGCAGCUGAUCCCGAUUACGAAGAAGUAGUCGAUGAAGCUGCGCGUAGAAUUCUUGAAGGUGAAACUGACAUCUCAAAUGUCACUGAGCGUCCAGGAGUUUCAGUGUCCGUUGCUAUUGUUCUCAUAGUAUGUCUCAUUAGCGUUUUCCUACUAAUUACGGGUAUAAUUAUAGUAGCUAUAACCCUCGAUCCUACUACAGCUGAAGAUGACGAUUCCGAAAUAGAAUCGGAUGACUCAAAGCCGUACAUGGAUCCUCCUUCUUUCUAUUCUCAUUCUGAAUUUGACCAUCUAUUCGCAGAAAUUUCAAACGAUGACGAUGACGAGGGCGAUCAGCACUUCUUCACACAUCCGGACUUGUGA